GCUGCCAUCCUACGUCAGCUGAAACGUAUUUCCUGUCAGACUUUGUCCACGCCGUCGUCGCACAGCUAACGUGAGAAGAAAUUUGACCCCAAAACGCUUUUAAAACAAAAGCUGAAAUGUUCAAACUUGAAGGACUCGGUCCGAAAAUGGACCCGGAGGAGAUGAAGAAGAAAAUGCGGGAAGACGUAGUGUCCUCUUUACGGAACUUUCUUCUUUACGUCGCUCUGCUCAGAGUCGCCCCAUUUGUACUAAAGAAGCUGGACAGCAUAUGAAAAGAGGACAACGUCCGGCUGCAUUUCCACCAUCCACCAAGAGACUCCAACAUCAGAGAUGGCAAGGAUCUGCGGCAGAUGUGGGCCAUUGAAGCAUCACUUGUUCUUCCAUCACUGCAUCAAAGAUCUUUUACUUUUUUGUUUGUUUAAGUUGCGGGUUUCAUGUUUUAAACUUCUGUCAUACUUUUGUAUUUAACACUUAUUGUGUAGUUUGUUUUUUUCAGUGUUGUUCAAAUAUAUGUCUUCUAGUUGUAUUGCACAAUAAAUGGAAACAAUGAUCAUUUA